UGAAAAUAGUAACAAUAAGACAAAAGUACUACGUAACAUUGCAUAUGAGACUUUUUGAAUAAAACAGACUAGCAUUAUGCAAAUAAAAUGGGAAACAUUCAGAGAGAAGGAAUCCUUCAGUAGCUUCUCUCUUUCCUCCAAGAGAAUAACGCUAAUGAUAUACGAAAUACUAUUACGUAAUGAAAGGUUUGAGAAGCCUAGGAAAUCAUUUUCAUCAAGUACCCACUGAGAACGGUCGUCUACUCCGCAGACGUCAAUAUUUUUGAAAGCGAUUUCGGGUUUGUUUUGUCUGAAGUUGGCCUGUGGAAGACGUUGUGGUCACAAGACGGGCGAUUGGCUCACUAUAAAUAUACACGUUACUCCAAGGAUGAUAGAGCCUAGAUAUAAAUAAGCACCACUAAGUUGUUCAUUGGCAAAAGAAUUCUCAUCAGUGCAGAACAGCGAUUUUCAAUAGUGCAAUUGGUCUGAUAUUGGAUUAAUUAAUUAACGGAACUUAUUAUGCAAUGUGAAAGAAACACACUGUGAUAAACAUCAUCAGUCGUCAAUCAUCGGGAAGCCUUAAAAUAAUUUGUGAAUAAUUCCAAAUUGAUUACACAAUACUACCCGAUGGCGAUCUUCCCGUUAUUUUCAUUGUAUAUGGGGUAAUUGUUACGCAAAUUAUUUAUCCACGUAAGAACCGGUUUCACAGCAUCACCUUUCACAGUCUUCGAUUAAAGGAGAUACAGUAAGUCAAUAUUACAAUUGGAUGAGCAAUUUGAAGUAUUAUCAGUAAAUCGUAGAGAGCAGUUCUAUUGAAAAGUCGGAAGAUGAGCACACAAUUAUUCCUAUUCCUUUGUUCAGUACUGAUUGCUGGAGUAAUAAAUUAUGCCAAUGGAGCUGUUAUGGUGCGAGAAGUAUCUGCUGGUCAUUUGGCAGAACUUCCCUGUUUAAGUAGUGACGAUUAUCAUCGUUUUAUGUUCUGGGAAUUGAAAGAUAAUCAACACAUCAUUAGUCCUGGUAAUCCUCACGAUUCAGAGAAAUACAAUUAUGAAGUUCUCACUGGAAAACUCUUCAUAAGGGGUGUUUCUACUGCAGAAUCUGGCUUCUAUAAGUGCGUGUCAAGAGGAAUAGCUGAUACUUCCGUUAUCAAAAUUCAUGUGGUAGAAUUGGUCGUUAGAAAGGAUUCAGAAGAUGUGUGGGAAAAUAAUUUUGAGACAAACUUAUUAAGAAGUAUGGCUGCAGUGACGGUUAUAGUUCUGGCUGUGGCAAUUGUACUGUUCAUUGUUAUAAUGAAAAGAAGAAAGAAUCAUCACUUCUUUGAGAUGCAGGAGUCCAGAGAGAACUCACCAGCAAGAUAUAACCCUAAAGUACAAAACGUACCAUCCACGGAAGUUCCAACAUCUGUGGAAUCCAGAGGAAUUGAUAACGUCGCGAUGGACGUUGACUUUCCCAAGGUUUUCAAACUAAUGCAAAAGGAACAAGCCAUCCCGUAAGAUCGGACAUUAGUCAUUAUAACUUGGUUGUAUCCUUGUACUCAGUUAUAUCUGUCAUUUACAGAAAAGAUUAGAACUUUAUCUUAUAGAUAGGAUUUAGCACUUUGGUGUACAAAUUCAAGAGCAGAAAUAUUAUAAUUAGUCUUUUGAAAAUAA